AUGAUCGUGAUUUACCCGAUUCCCGACAAACUCCACGAUGAUGUAUAUCCGGGCAUCGAUCUACUGGACAUUAUCAAUCAGAAAAAGGAAGAAGUAUCUCGCGUUAGGCGAGAUUCGUCACGAAAUCUCGACCCGACUGAGAACCUUGUUAUCGAAUUGAUGAUCGUUGUUGAUUCCGCCUUCAUCAAAAAGCAUCGCGACUUGUAUAGCGUCAAACUCUACUUGCAGACGAUCUUGGGAAUCAUGUCUAAUAUCUACAGAGAUCCAAGCCUGGGCGUACGAAUCGAACUUCGAAUCCUUGACACGAUUUUAAUGCACCGGGAUCGCUUCCGCAUCUAUCAAGACGCAGAAGUGACCUUGAGAAACUUCUGUGAGUACCAACACGAUUACUACAGACGAAAGCGUUUGCAUCCCGCUGAUCACGCAAUUUUCCUCACUGGAGUUGACAUUUGCGUCGGUGGCUAUCGCCCUAGCUGUCCUACGCUCGGUUUUGCUAACAUCGGUGGGAUGUGCGACUCUAAGGGACGACGUUCUUGCUCGAUUAGUCAAGACUCCGGCCUCGCUACUGCCUACACCGCCGCGCACGAAAUGGGACACUCAUUUGGAAUAAUGCAUGACGGAGAUCAAAAUUCCUGCUUCCGUUCUCAAGGCAUGCUCAUGGCGUCGAAACUUGCCGGCUCUACUUCAGGGUCAAUCAAGUGGUCUGAGUGUUCCCGAAGAAAACUAUUGCAAUUCCUAUACAGUCCUGGAUCUGACUGCUUGCGAGAAACCUCUAGGCGCUCAAAGCCAGUAACGAUUCAUCAAACGAGCAGCUCAAGUUCUGUGAGACUCCGGUCAUUGCGCUCUAUCCGUCCCCAAUUACCCGGGGAAGUUUACUCGGCCGACGAACAAUGCAGACUCGCCUACGGAGCAAGUAGCUCGGUGUGUUCUUAUGCGGCCGCGGGCGACGACCUUUGCAAAUACCUUUUCUGCAACGUUGCGGACACUUUCUACGGACAAAAAUGCAUCUCGAUGAAAAUGCCUCCCGCAGAAGGCACAUCUUGUGGCCGUGGAAAAUGGUGCAGACAAGGAAGCUGUGUCCGAGAAGGUGGUUACUCAAGUGCAAUUGAUGGUAACUGGGGAUCUUGGGGCUCCUGGUCUCCUUGCCCGGCGGAAUGUGGCUCAACUGGUGUUCGAGUUCGAACAAGAACCUGUUCCGAUCCUGCGCCUGCCUAUGGUGGACUGUACUGCAGAGGGAAUCACGAAGAUACUAGGACUUGCAUGGGCGAAGCAUGUGAUACGUACUCAAUGUUCUCGCGAGAGGAUCAAUGUAAACAACUCCAGCCUUCGUACCGUGCCCGCUCACUACGCGCGCUGACAGGUACCUCGUCGAGCAACAACUCGUGGAAGCCAUACCUUACGGCAGCAAACUAUCGAUCAUGUAAACUGCAAUGCCAAAGUACUGGCGACAUGUACGAUACUAAAGUCGUCAGCACGAUUGUCGCAGACGGCACGAGCUGCGGAAAGGAUGGCACAAGCUAUUGUUAUGAAGGAAAAUGCCGACGAAUCGGUUGUGACGGAGCCAUGGACGGUAUGGAGCUCGAUAAAUGCGGAGUCUGUGGAGGUGAUUCUACUUCAUGCAUUCAUAAGCGAUUCGUGUGGGUUGCGGGAUCACGAGGACGGGAAAAACCUCUAGAGAUCCCAGCAACUGCUACCAACGUCGAAAUUAGCCAGGCGGUCGCAGCCACUUCAUCACUCCAAAUGAGCUCGCUGGACAAUGAUCCUACUGAGAUUGACUUUUCUGGAAAAAUGGCUGCUCAGGUGACCUUGGCUGGCUCCGAGUGGUACUAUGAGCGGUCAAUCAGGUCCAAAGAAGAAAUCUCUUCGCCGGGGCCCUUGGCGACUUCUGUUAGGAAAGAGUUCUGA